AAACCAGCACAUCAUUCAGUCAGCUGACCUGUCUUGUGAUAGCAGUGGAUAGCAGCCAGGCUCGUCUCCGAAGCUUGACUUGCUGUUGUAGAGUGGACUUACUUCGAUACAUUGCACGUCUCUUGUUGAAUAGUUUUGAUCCAACAACAAUUCACAAUGACGAGUCAAGGGUUGCCAAAAAUUAGCAGGGAAAGCAAGGAGACUAACUUUGGCUAUGUAUAUGCAGUGUCUGGCCCUGUCGUUACUGCCGAGAAAAUGUCAGGAUCGGCUAUGUACGAACUGGUCAGAGUGGGUUAUUAUGAAUUGGUGGGGGAAAUUAUUCGUUUGGAAGGCGAUAUGGCCACUAUUCAGGUAUACGAAGAAACUAGUGGCGUGACAGUUGGCGAUCCUGUGCUCCGUACGGGCAAACCAUUGUCGGUAGAAUUAGGUCCUGGUAUUCUUGGCAGCAUUUUUGAUGGUAUUCAACGUCCGCUGAAGGAUAUCAAUGAACUUAGCAACUCUAUAUACAUCCCAAAGGGUGUCAAUGUGCCAUGCCUGUCAAGAACUGCAACUUGGGAAUUCAACCCAUUAAAUAUAAAGAAUGGGAGCCAUAUCACAGGAGGAGAUCUAUUUGGUGUGGUUUAUGAGAAUACGCUAGUAAAGCAUAGAAUGAUUUUACCACCAAAAAGCAAGGGAACAGUGACAUACAUUGCUCCUGCUGGAAACUACACAGUUAACGAUAUUGUGUUGGAAGCAGAAUUUGAUGGAGAAACGCAAAAAUACAGUAUGCUUCAGGUUUGGCCGGUACGUCAACCUCGUCCCGUCACUGAAAAAUUGCCGGCUAAUCAUCCUUUACUUACUGGCCAAAGAGUCUUGGACUCUCUCUUUCCAUGUGUCCAAGGUGGAACCACGGCAAUUCCAGGUGCAUUUGGUUGCGGUAAAACUGUAAUCUCGCAAGCUUUGUCCAAGUAUUCCAAUUCCGAUGUUAUCAUUUACGUUGGUUGCGGAGAACGUGGUAACGAAAUGUCUGAGGUACUUCGUGACUUCCCUGAACUAACUGUAGAAAUCGAUGGUGUCACCGAGUCCAUCAUGAAGCGUACUGCUUUGGUCGCUAAUACCUCCAACAUGCCUGUAGCUGCUCGUGAAGCAUCUAUUUACACCGGUAUCACUCUAUCAGAGUACUUCAGAGAUAUGGGUUACAACGUUUCAAUGAUGGCGGAUUCAACAUCUCGUUGGGCUGAAGCACUUCGUGAAAUUUCGGGUCGAUUAGCUGAAAUGCCCGCAGAUUCCGGUUAUCCGGCUUACCUCGGAGCACGUCUAGCUAGUUUCUAUGAACGAGCAGGAAGAGUGAAAUGCUUAGGCAAUCCUGAUCGUGAAGGUUCAGUCAGUAUAGUAGGUGCUGUAUCACCACCCGGUGGUGACUUCUCUGACCCGGUUACUAGCGCAACUCUUGGUAUUGUACAGGUGUUCUGGGGUCUUGAUAAAAAACUUGCUCAGCGCAAACACUUCCCAUCUAUUAACUGGCUCAUAUCGUACAGUAAGUACUUAAGAGCUUUAGAUGAUUUCUAUGACAAGAACUUCCCAGAGUUCGUUCCACUUCGAAGAAAGGUGAAGGAGAUUUUGCAAGAGGAAGAGGAUUUGUCUGAGAUUGUACAGUUAGUUGGUAAAGCAUCUCUCGCGGAGACAGACAAAAUUACACUUGAGGUUGCAAAACUUCUGAAAGACGAUUUUCUGCAACAAAACAGUUACUCGCCGUACGAUCGUUUCUGCCCAUUUUAUAAAACUGUGGGAAUGUUGCGAAACAUGAUUGCAUUCUACGACAUGGCGAGGCAUGCAGUAGAAUCUACAGCGCAAUCAGACAAUAAAAUAACAUGGAAUGUUAUUAGGGAUAGCAUGGGAAACAUACUGUAUCAGCUGACUUCCAUGAAAUUCAAGGAUCCUGUUAAAGAUGGCGAAGCAAAGAUUAGAGCUGACUUUGAUCAGUUACAUGAAGAUAUCCAACAAGCGUUUAGAAAUCUAGAAGAUUAAUUAUCAGAUGCAAGCAUACAAACAUAAUUUCUCCACGUGAACGUUCAGGAAUCUUGUGCUGGUCAUUUAAGGAUGUCCUGGAUCUGCUGGAGACAAAAAAUAUAUAAAAAAAACAAGCAUUCAUAAUUCACGUAUCGCACACUAAGUUGUUAUGAUAGUUUCAAUAUUUACGACAGAAAAAAGUUGUAUAUAAAAAAAUUACAAAUAUAAAAUCUACUAUAACCAUAUGUGUACUAACUAACAUUUAACGUGAAAUCAUACGUGAUAGUUGUUGCAAUAAUAUGUAGGACGUCCUUAAAUGUGAUUACAGCUCAUGAAAAUUGAAUUAAGUGUUGUAAUGAAUUAUUUCUGAACAGUGAAAUGGAAAUUUCGAUUACUUAGUAGACUGCGAAUACUUAUGCAAAUUCACAUAUUUUUCGAUUAAUUUACAAAACUGAAAAUGGUAAAGAAAUAAUUUUCUUCUUAUAACAAUCUUGUUGGAUAAAAAUAAAAGUAUUAAAUUAUAUUAAUAUUAUUAUAAUAUAAAUGCAUAAACAUCGCAGUCUAGUAAUUCGUAUCAAAAUGUGAGAAAAGUAUAAGUUGGAGAGGAAAAGUAAAACUUUCGGUAAAAUUUUAUUUGACGCUAAUUAGGACUAACUUGUGAAAAGCGUGAAGAGCCGAGAAACUUUUGUAUGUAUGUAAAAUGAGACUAAACGAGACGGUAAGAAGCUAUCCAUUCAUGCGUACGCGAAAGUAUAUAAAACGUUAACGAUGUGCUUAAAUAUUUUUGUUGUUGCAUAGGAUGAUGGCAGCUUUUUACAGAGAAUGUAAUUUCAAUUAAAGAGUAUUAAAUAUUGUAUUAUAAAUAGCGUAUUAUGUAAACAUAUUCAGCGAAGAAUACAGACGUUACAUAAAAAGUAGAUGUUAUUUUAAACGUUUAAACGUUGCAAUCAUGGUCUGAAAGUUUAAGAAAUGUGUCAAAAUGUUAAACUGUGAAGGUGCAGGAUCUUUUGUCGUUAAAGAAAAGAAAAUAUGAAAAGAAAGAUGCAUCGCAAACAGUGUUCCAGUAACUUCGACAUUUCCAUUGUAACAUAUGUAAAAACAAAUAAAGACUAUGUAUUAAAAAUUACAACGAAAAAAAA